AUGUCGAAGCAAUCGCUAGGAAAAGAGUGCAAGAUCUGUACCCGACCGUUUACGAUCUUCCGUUGGCUGCCCGGAGCAGGGAUGAGGUACAAGAAAACAGAGAUCUGUCAGACCUGUGCCAAGCUCAAGAACGUCUGCCAGACUUGCUUGCUCGACCUUCAGUAUGGUCUGCCCACUCAAGUUAGGGAUACCGCUCUCGGUAUUAACUCUAAAGCUCCCAUCAGUAAUAUUAAUCGCGAAUAUCACGCCCAAAACAUGGAAGGGAAAUUGGAAGGAUCAUCUGAUCUGAUAAACUAUGAUCGCCAAGAUGCUGGCGGAAAGGACGUGUUAAAACGACUAGCUCGGACCGAUCCAUACUAUAAACGAAACCGACCGCAUAUUUGCUCGUUUUACGCUAAAGGUGAAUGCGCUCGGGGUGAUGGAUGCCCUUAUCGACAUGAAGUACCUGUAGAGAAUGAGCUAAGUAAACAAAACAUCCAAGAUCGAUAUCAUGGAAGAAAUGAUCCGGUAGCCCGGAAGAUUCUAUCAGCCUAUGCGCAAACAACAGGCCUUACGCCGCCGGAAGACGAGAGCAUAGUCUCAUUAUUCCUAUCCUCCUUACCUUCUGAAGCGACGAACGAGUCGAUGAUCCGGCACUUCUUCAACUCGAUCGGGAUCGAGUCGCCGAAGAUCAAGUCGGUGGUCGUGGUGCCUACGUCGAAGUGUGCAUUUGUCAACUUUGCCAGUCGGUCGAUCGCCGAGGAUGCGGCUAGUCGGUGUAGCGUUCGGGUCCAGAUCGCCGCCAAGGACGUCCUCGUCCGUUGGGGUCGCUCCAAGCCCAAGAAAAACGGCCCCGAGGGGAGCAGAGCCGCGUUGUCUGGACCGGCCGAUGAGGCUAAUGCGUCCGUCGGAGAGCGCGAAAUCGCUAGUAGCAUGUAA